GUGACGGUAAUGUCGCGAGGCCAUGUUGGCAUUAAAUCCUAGCAGCCAGCAUCAUCGAUCGCAGCCAGCUGUGACCAAUCCCGGCGUACGUUCCAACCAGAGCUGGAGCGCUAUGAGGAGCAGCGGAGGAAGAGGAGAAAGAGGAGGGAAAAGAGAGAGGAAGAUGGAGAAGGACGACGGGGUGGAAAGAGAGGAUCAGGAACAACCGGCAUUUUUCCUGCAGGACUGCUUUCGUGUCGUCGUCAUCGUCGACAGCACCGGCGUCUUUCGCGGGGAACAACCGUUAACUUCGACCCGGCAACCGCCAUGUUCCCGAUCUGCACCCGACCGGCUAGCAGGAUGCCGUGGCCUUUCCUGUGAAGCCUCGAGACGACGGCAGUCUCCGGUGUCAGGGACCGCGAAGGGAGCGCCUCCGUUUCCUUUCGUUCGCGCUUCGCUUCCCCCGAGCGCCUUGACGAAGAGGCCUUGGGAGCACCCAAUUAUUAUCUGCAACCGGAUCGAGAGGCUCGGAUCUGAUCUCGUUGAAUGUUUAAUGAGCGCCGGCCACGCUUCCUUCCCGUGCGCGUUUACGACCCCGUGGCGGUGCCCUUUUUUCCGAACGGAAACACCGAUAUAAGAUAUAAUUUGUACUA